AAACGAUCGAAAGUAGGGAGUGCAUGUCAGAGGUGCCGCCGGCAGAAGCUCAAAGUGAAUUUAGUCUUCCAUUUCCAGUCGAUCCUCGCUAACCUUGUUAGUGCGACAUUAAACGUCCAUGUACCUUGUGUAUCCGUGCUGGGGUCGACUGCCCAACAACAGACCAGUGGCGAGUUGUCGAAACGCUGCAGAACAACCAGGGGACAAAGAAACGCUCCAAACGCAAGCGGAGCUUGGGGACGGGGCAUUCUGACGAUGCUGGUAUCAUCGAGCAGCCGUGGUCUAGUUCUACCAUGUCAUUAGUGGAAGGAGCAUUCCAUUUGAAUAGCUCUGCGACACCUGAUACAUCGUUGGUCACUGCUUUGCCGGGAAGUCAAAAUCCGCAUCGCUCAGCGAGCCCAAGGCCAAGUAUAGCACUUUCCGCCGAGAGAACACCGACGGCGCUUCCUGCCACAAAUUCCUGGCUACAGGGACCACAAUCAGCAAUAGCAGACUUGGUCUCACUGUUACCUUCACGUGAGGUUGCGGCUUUGCUGGUGGACACAUACUUUGAUCGAAUUCACUGGUUCAUGCUCAUUUUCCAUCAAGAUGAUUUCCGGAAGACCUGGCAGCAGAUGUAUGAGUUGCCUAAGGAGCAGCUGAUUGAGAACUGCCCGAAUCCAGGGUUUAUCAGUACCUUUCUCGUCGUGAUUGCUAUUGCGUUACAUUAUGCAGGCAGACAUAGGCGGGAGUUACUGCAGGCUCAUGGUAUAUCCCCGGUGGAUUUCAAAGAAAGAAUACUGUCAACCACUCGGGCCAAGAUACUUGACAUCGUGUCUCUGGGGUCUCUAGAAGCAGUACAGACAUGUGUUCUUUUAGGGACAUACUACCUGUACCAUGGAAAGCCAGAGCUAGCAUGGCCUGUCUGUGGCUGUGGAUUACGCAUUGCACAAGCUUUGAAUCUGCAUCGAAAACUGCCGCACAAAGGAUCCAUGACCCCCGAGAUCCACCGACGAAAUGAGACCCGCAAACGUUGCUGGUGGGCUAUUUACGAGAUAGAGACAUUUUGCUCCAUGUCCUAUGGAUAUCCACAUAGCAUCAAGGACUCGGAUUGCGACGUGGAGUUUCUAGACCCGUCGGCCAAAUCAGUGACCGGCCAAUCGCCUGCCUCAUUCAGUGCUACAUAUGGAUGGCCAGCCAGCCUACUCUCGUAUAAGAACCUGAUGUCCAAGCUCUCGGUACUCAUCAACGACAUUCUCACUGAUUUGUAUGGACUCGGAUCCUUGAAGGGCAAGAGCCAACAAGGCAGGUUGAGUGGCGCUUCCGGCCUUAAGAGUCUUGUUCGCAAGGUUUCAGCUCAUGAUGCUCGACUGCGGAAGUGGAAGGCUGAAAUACCUGCUGUAUUACAGCUCAGUGAUGCCGAUGAUACGACAUAUACCUCGGCCGAUGAAAUGGACCAACAAAUUGGGGCCUAUGGUCCCAGAUUCGAAGCUCAUAUUUAUCAGUUACAGGCUCUUGCCCUAAAACUUGCCUACGAAAAUGCUAUAAUUCUUGUCCAUCGUCCGUUGUUGGCGUACAAGUCGAUCUCGUCGGCAGAAACCGACAUAGAAGACCCCAAUCAUCCGGCCCGAGACACUGUGAGGCUGUCACUACAAUCCUGCCGCGAUGCCGCUCUGGCGACCUCUAAUAUUGAGAUGACACCCAUCUUCUCGCUUGCGGCUGAUACCUAUGCAGCGGCAUUCAUCGGUAUGCACACCUUCACAGCUGGGGUUAUGCUCUGCGUUUUGAUAAGCACAGAACCAUUGGGCCCACAGUCUCAUGAAUCCAAGAUGGGUUUACGUCGACUACUACGUAUGCAGUCACUUCUCAAGUCACGAUCACAUUCCACUCUCAACACACAAGGCCUAGAGAUCUUGGAGAGAUUGACCAAGUUGGUUAUGGAGAAAGAGUUGAAGGAGAUGUUGAAUUCUUCUAAUAAUGAACCGAACUCUUCACUCCACCCCGAGAAUUCCAGAGAGGAGUCAGUUAUACAGAAUCCGGCUGAAAGUGAUCAAAUGCUCGCCAUAAAUGUUCCGAUUGUAGACGACGAUGCUACAUUCAACUACAUAAAGGACCCAGUCAUGUCACAAGCUCUCUUCGAUUUUGACCAAGUACUCUCGGGGAAUAGCAUGAAUUUCCCACUCGAGCCGCUUUUCCCAGAUCUCCUUGGCCCUUGGGGUGGCUUUGCUCCGGAACAAGGAUGGAUCUGGGGAUUUGAUAGAUUGGCUCCGUCUUCGGAAAAUUGAAAUUUUAUCUGCAAAGAGUGACAGGCAUAACAACGGACUUUUCGAGUCUCGGGAUGAAGGACCCUAACUUUUGUUACAUUAAAUCUGCGCAAUAUCGCUCCGUCAAUUAUCC